UCCGCGCAGACGUCGGCCUCAGAGCUAGGCUAGAGCGCGCGGACCCUGCUCCGGCCGCGUAGCGGCUAUGGGCCGACCCAGCCCAGGGCGCCGCGCCGCGCGAGCACCAGCCUAGAGCGAAGAUAGAAGCUACAAGAUGGCUGACCAGGACCCUGGGGGCAUCAGCCCCCUCCAACAAAUGGUGGCCUCAGGCACCGGGGCUGUGGUCACUUCUCUCUUCAUGACACCUCUGGAUGUGGUAAAGGUCCGCUUGCAGUCUCAGCGCCCCUCGGUGGCCAGUGAACUGCCAUCUUCCACUAGACUCUGGAGCCUCUCCUAUGCCAAACUGCCCUCCUCUCUCCAAUCCACAGGGAAGUGCCUCCUGUACUGCAACGGUGUCCUGGAGCCCCUGUACCUGUGCCCAAAUGGUGCCCGUUGUGCCACCUGGUUUCAAGACCCUGCCCGCUUCACUGGCACCAUGGACGCCUUCGUGAAGAUUGUGAGGCAUGAGGGCACCAGGACUCUCUGGAGCGGCCUCCCAGCCACUCUGGUGAUGACUGUACCAGCUACCGCCAUCUACUUCACUGCAUACGACCAACUCAAGGCCUUCCUAGGUGGUCAAGCCUUGAUCUCUGACCUCUACGCACCCAUGGUGGCUGGCGCACUUGCCCGCCUGGGCACUGUGACUGUCAUCAGCCCCCUGGAGCUUAUGCGCACAAAGCUGCAGGCACAGCACGUGUCAUACCAGGAGCUGGGUGCCUGCAUUCGCGCUGCAGUGGCUCAGGGCGGCUGGCGCUCACUGUGGCUGGGCUGGGGUCCCACUGUCCUUCGAGAUGUGCCCUUCUCAGCCUUGUACUGGUUCAACUACGAGCUGGUGAAGAGCUGGCUGAAUGGGCUCAGGCCAAAGGACCAGACAUCUGUGGGCAUCAGCUUUGUGGCUGGUGGCAUCUCAGGGACGGUAGCUGCUGUGCUGACUUUACCCUUUGAUGUGGUGAAGACCCAGCGACAGAUCGCGCUGGGUGCAGGGGAGGCUGUGAGAGUGACACCCCUGCAUGUGGCCUCAUGUAGCACCUGGCUGCUGCUGCGAAGGAUCCAGGCUGAGUCAGGCACCCGGGGACUCUUUGCAGGCUUCCUCCCCAGAAUCAUCAAGGCUGCACCCUCCUGUGCCAUCAUGAUCAGCACCUACGAGUUCGGCAAAAGCUUCUUCCAGAGGCUCAACCAGGACCGGCCCCUGGGCUGUUGAAAGGGGCGAGAAGACAAGGACCCCAUCUUUCCACAGAUGGGGGGAGCAGGAGGAGACUGAGCCAAGUGCCUUUUCCUCAGCACUGAGGGUAGGGACCGGUUCCCUUCCCUCCUGACAACGAGCCCUGGGAGUAGGGCUGCCCUGGGGGCUGCCCUAGCCAUCCUCACAGACAUUUUUCUUCUGAUUCUUAAAGAUCACCACUUCCCCACCACCAAGUUCAAGACCAAAUUUGUCCCCUAUCCUCCCCUCCUGCUUUGUGUUUCCCUUGGUGUUUGCUGUAGCUGGGCCUGUCCCUAGGAGCCCAGAAACCCUGGGCCUGGCUUAGUCUCCCCUAUCCCUGUUAAUUCCUUCAGUCUAAAGAUGAUGAGCUUCUA